GAGAACUAACUGCCCAGCCAGUUUGCGUCACUGCCUCGCAGAGCAGAGAAGAGCGAGCAGGGGAGAGUGAGACAAGUUUGAAGGGGAGGGCAGGCAGAGUUAGCAGCCCCCGAGGCUCUCCUCUCCCACCGCCCUUCCCUCUCCUCUCUUCUCCCCAGCCUCUGUCUCUCUCUGCCCCAUAACUUUUCUCUCGAAAACCCCCUAUUUAGCCAAAGGAAGGAGGUAAGGGGAACCCUCUCCCCUCCCCCCUUCGAAACCCCCCAACUUUUCCAGUCCGGAGAAAGCAGGGGAGCGAGCGGGUACCCGACUGGCCAUGGAGCUGCUGUGCUGCGAGGUGGACCCGGUCCGCAGGGCCGUGCCGGACGCCAACCUGCUCUACGACGACCGCGUUUUGCAGAACUUGCUCACCAUCGAGGAGCGCUACCUUCCCCAGUGCUCCUACUUCAAAUGCGUACAGAAGGACAUCCAGCCCUACAUGCGCAGGAUGGUGGCCACCUGGAUGCUGGAGGUCUGUGAGGAACAGAAGUGCGAAGAGGAGGUCUUCCCUUUGGCCAUGAAUUACCUGGAUCGCUUCUUGGCCGGGGUCCCAACUCCUAAGACCCAUCUGCAGCUCCUGGGUGCUGUCUGCAUGUUCCUGGCCUCCAAACUUAAAGAGACUAUCCCUCUGACCGCAGAGAAGUUGUGCAUUUACACUGACAACUCCAUCAAGCCUCAGGAGCUGCUGGAGUGGGAGCUGGUGGUGUUGGGGAAAUUGAAGUGGAACCUGGCCGCCGUAACCCCUCACGACUUCAUCGAGCACAUCCUUCGGAAGCUGCCGCAGCCGAGUGAGAAAUUGUCUCUGAUCCGCAAGCACGCGCAGACCUUCAUUGCUCUGUGUGCCACCGACUUUAAGUUCGCCAUGUAUCCGCCAUCGAUGAUUGCAACUGGAAGCGUGGGAGCCGCCAUCUGUGGGCUGCAGCAGGAUGAGGACGUGAGCUCCCUCACCGGCGAUGCCCUGGUGGAUCUGCUGGCCAAGAUCACCAACACGGAUGUGGACUGCCUCAAAGCCUGCCAGGAGCAGAUUGAGGUGGUGCUGCUCAACAGCCUGCAGCAGUUCCGCCAGGACCAGGGGGAUGGGUCCAAGUCCGAGGAUGAACUGGACCAGGCCAGCACCCCUACAGACGUGCGGGAUAUUGACCUGUGAGGAUGCAGUCGGGCCGAAUGGGAGAGACGUAUUCCCAUCUGCUCUCUCCUUCUCUCUGGUUGUGUUUUGUUCUUUAUGUUUUAGGAUAAAACUUAAAAAAAAAAAAAAAAAUUCAGCCCCCACCUAGAGCAUAUUGAAAGAUCUUUUAGAAGUGAGAGAAAAAGGUCCUAUAAAAACAGAAUAACAAAAAAGCAUUUGGUGCCUAUUUGAAGUACAACAGAAGGGAAUCCCUUGUAUAUGCGAACAGUUAUUGUUUGAUUAUGUUAAAAGUAAUAGUAAAAUGCUUACAGGAAAACCUGCAGAGUAGCUAGAGAAAAUGUACGCCUGCAAAUAUGGGAACAAAUUAGAGGAGGCUUUUUUUUUUUUCAUGUUAUGAACUAGCAUGUACACACCCCUUGUAGGAUAAUUUCAAGGAACUGCGUGUGCCAUUUAUGGCAUUAUUAGAUUGCAAAGCAAUGAACUCAAGAAAGAAUUAGAAAUAAGGGACACGAUAGGGAGGGGAGUACAAAACAAUCUCUCAACCUGAUUGAACCAUUUUGGAGGUAGAAGCACCUUUGCUCUCGACCACCUGUUUAUUACUAAGUCAGGAGCAUAGCUGAAUCUCUAGUACGAACUCUUGCUGUCUACAGUAGCUGCUACCUAAAAAAAUGUUUUAUUUUGCCAGUUGGACACAGGUGGUUGGAUUCUGGGUUUCAUGUGUUUUUGACAUCUUGCUUCUUCUUCCAAACGUGGUUCGUGGCGGACACCACCAUAUUUUUAUCAAACAGGGCAAUCUAGCUUUGGGCCAUAACCAAAACUCCUAUGAAAUGGAGGCAGAUGGGGAGCAAGGGUGGGAUCUGGAAUGGAAUCUUUUCUCUAUGGAAUCUUUUCUCUUAAUGUAUUCAAGAGGGUAAUGUGACCUUGGCAUCCUUUAUUAAAAAACUGAUUUUUGGUGCUGAUUGGCAUGUCUGGUCCACAGUUUAGCAUUGUUAUAAACCAUUCCAUUCGAAAAGCACUUUGAAAAAUUGUUCCCGAGAGAUAGAUGGGAUGGUUUAUGCAAGUCAUGCUGAAUAGACUCCUCCCUUCUUCUCCUGUGCUCCUCCCCUCCUGCCCCCAGUCACAUGACUAUUCACUUCUGGUAUCUGACAUUCUCUGUACACAGUUCUGGUAUCCCUACCAGGACCCAAGAGACCCCCCUUUCCACUGACAUUCCCAUCACAACAUUCCUCCAAAAAGCCUACAAAGAUCUGUUAUCAUUUUGAUGGCAAAGAAAGAUCUUAAUUCCCAUCUAUAGACUUCUCCUUUGGACAUGGAAAGAAAAGUUCUUGCUGGUGCAGACAGACAGCUGAAUAUCAGAGUGUGGCAUUUUGUUCCCUUUUCCGUUUUUCGUUAAUUUCAUUGCAAAGUUGUAUUCAGCGUACUUGAAUUUUUUUUCCUCUCCACUUCUUAGAGGCAUUCAUUUAGCAAAGAGGUUGGAGCAACAACUUUUUUUUUUUUGCACAAUUAUGAUUGACAGGUAAUGAAGCUAUUAAAAUAUUUUCCUUUUUAAGUUAGAAAGAAAAAUCAGAACAGGGCUGCUUUGAAGAAUUAUUUUAUACACAGAUUCUGCCUUGUUUCGUAGUAUGAGGGUUGAAGAUGGAGAAAAAUCUAAGGGUCUCUUAUUUUUCAUUUUAUUGUGUUCAGUUUUUUAUGAUUAUUUUUUUUUUUUGCGCUGCUAAGAAGCUAAGAUCAUUCAUUCUUAUUCACAUUAACAGUACCUAGCUGUAAUGUUUCACAGAGUGUGCUGCUAUUUUAUAAACAUUUUUAUAAUAUAUUAUUUUACUGCUUAAAUUCCAAGUCCUGAAGUAGAUGGUUGAGAUAGGAGUUCUUCGUACUGGAAAAGCCCUUCCAUAGUUUUUCUUCUGGUAGCGUAUUCAUGGUUUGGGUUUUUUUUUUUUGUUUGUUUGUUUGUUUUUUUUUUUUUUAAUCCUUUUUGGUUCUCUCUCUCUCUCUCUCUCUCUCUCUCUCUCUCUCUCUCCAUAUUCUUCAAAGACAGCAUUCUUUACCUCAGGUUUACUGGACAAAGUCAAUAGCUACAAAAGAAAAUGAUUCACAUUUUUGUUUUCAUAAUACCUCACAACCACAUAGUUUCUGCUUGGGAGCCGUUAUAGUGUGGGGAAAGGAGAAGUUGGCGAGGGGGCCACAAGCCCUUCUCAGGUGGAGGGUCGGGUGGGUUUGGCCCUGGGGUCUGACACCCAGGGACCUCUUCAGUCAUGAGGGUCAUCAGGCUUCCAUUUUGACUCCGGUAUCCUCAUCAUGAUGGAAAAAAUACAAUUGAACCACGGGAUUUCCCCUCCCCCAACCCCCAGGGCAGAUGUUCGGCACAAACCUUCAUGCAGUGAACUAGGAAGUCAUAAUUAGCACUUAGGUACCAGGCAUCAGGAGACAGGUUGAAAAGAGUUCUAGCUGGCUAUUUGGAGAUCAUCUUGUGGCCCUUUCUUAAAACAGGGCUUUCAUCUGCUUUUCUCUUUCCCCUCCCCUGAUCUGGCCAUCCCCAGUUGGAUCAUCUCCGAGACUUUUAUAGGCCUGAAUCUGUGGGCAUAUGAAUCGGCAGCAUGUAGGAUCACAAGGGUUCCUUCUCCCACCUGUCUCUAGACUGCAGCAGGCCAGCCCCUCUGCUAAGUGGCACUCAGUGGUGUUCAGGCUUUGCAUUGCAUCGAAUUGGCAUGAUUGGGAAACUAGGUCAGAUGAGUAUUAGAAUGGUGGUGGGAGGGAGGUGGAGAGGCUGCGUCUACAGAGAUGCCACUCCGGGUGAGUCUGUGUCUCUUGAAGUAUGUUUGGAAGGGUUCAGGAUUUGGCGAGUUAGUACGACCCUAGAAUUCUAGGGAGUUUCUGGUAGGACAGUGGGUGGUGAAUUCUGAAGUUUCGGAGAGGACAGCUGAGCAGCCAGGGUUUUGUCAAGAGCUCAGUGUGCAUGGGACCCUCUUUCGGGCCCUGAGGAGUAACACGGAAUGGAAAGGAGGCGCGGUCCCUAAAGUCCUUAGGAGUCUUGGAGCCUAAAGAAAGCAAGGUACAAAGUCACCUAACAGUGACUGUCCCUACGCUCAAACAGAAGCGGCAAAUGAGAGAAGCUGACUGAUGAAUGAGGAAGGGAACAGGCCUACAGACUCUCCCAGUCUGUUUUCCUGGAGCCUGGGUGCCAUUGGGGCCUUCUGAUCUUUUUCUCCUUCUUUUCUUUGGGGCCUAGUGUGAUGGGACGCGUUGCUGAUGGGGAAGGUGCUAGGUCUUUUGGGUUUUCUGCCCUACCCCCUCCUUAAACAAAAGAAGGAAGCUUGGAUUUGUUACAGUAGCUGAUGCCCUCUCCUUAAAUCUUGGUCUCCUUGCUAGGAGUUUUUGCAUGAGAGGAAAGUCAGCUCUCCCCCAUGGAUUUUUCUUCUUUUUCUCACCUCCCACAAAUGGGGUUCCAGGCCUAUUCUGGUCAUCUGCUACUUUGUUGUCCUUUUAUCUGUUCUUCCUCCUCUCUGGGCUUUUGGUUUUUGGUUUUGGGGUUGGUUUGUUUUUUGUUUUGUUUUGUUUUACUUUGUUUUUGGUCAUUGUUGUUAACUGUUUUUCUCCAUCAGUGGGGGCUAAAUUGUUCCCCUAGCCUGCCAAAUUUUAUUCCUUCCCCUAUUUUGGCCAAAUCCCAGGGGGGGAAAUCCUAGUAUGCCAAAAAUAUAUGCUAAGCAUAAUUCAAUUCCAUGCAGGUUCCUAAGAGCCAAGAAGCCUGCAGGUGGAAGCAGGGGACAGGUCCCUCAGUAGAAUGUCUUCCCGUGUUCAGCGGAGGGAUCCUCAGAGAAAGGGGCUUGUCUUAAAGGAGGCUUUAUUCUGGAACUGCCCCAGGACCCCACUGAAGAGCUCACCAUGUCUUCUAGUCAGAUCCCCUUUGGUCUACGUGCUCUGUACAAGAGGCUCUUGUUUUGCUUCUUUUCCCAGGCAGGUCAGGGCCAUGCAUGGCUCAGAGGAAGCAACCCUGACAGCGUUGCACUGCAUCCCUUUGCCAGCAGGAUAGGCUUCUCUUCAGAGGGAGUUGUAGCUUUCCUGUGGCCUGGCACCCUCUGGGCCUUUCCACACUGCCCCCGGGGGGAGCUCUAGGACUGCGGUGAAGAGCAUUAGGCAGGAUUGGAUGACUUUCUCAAAGAGGGUGGGGGUAUUUUCUCUCCAUGGGCCACAGGGGGCAAGGCUGGGAGAAGAAAUAGACUUGCACCUUAUAUCAUGUAAAUAAUGAUUUUCUAGUUCAAGAAGAUAAUAUUGGUAGUGUGGUAAUGGGUGGUAGGAAUGGGGAGGAAGUCUGAGUAAGCCUGUUGGUUUCUAUGCCAAAAGGAUUCCUCUUUGUUUAUCUUUGAGACAGUCCAACCCUGAGAAUAGCUUUAAAAGGGAAAUUAGUGCUGAGACAGUAAAGUCCCCCUAAGCCGACAAACUGUAGCUAUAGAAUGAGUGCAGGCUUCUAUUGGUGUGGGCUCGGAGCAGCUUGUAAGAGCCACUCAUGCUGUCAUCCACUUGUACAAAAUAGGGCAGGAAGAUUCAGGAGGAUGUUUAUGACUUUCUCAUACCAUGUGGCUUUUCAUGAUUCUGGAUUCUAAACAACCCAGAACAGUCCUGUAAGCUGGAGCUAUUCUCAUACAGUUGUGUGUCUCUGCUUUUAGACUUGGCUGGACUAUCGGACCCGAUUCUUGGCUCAGGUUUCAAGAAGCCAUCAGCAAAUGUACACAUGCACGCUGUAGUUGCAACGUUUAUCCCUUUGCCUGCAGCCUCCUUUGGGGAAAAAAGUGCCUUACUGACUGUAGCCAUUACAGUAUCCAAUGUAUUUUGACAGGUGCCUGUCCUUAAAAAAAAAAAAAGUUUUUGUUUUGUUUUGUUUUUUUUUUUAAUUGGUUUUUGUUUCUUACUGUUGGCCAACUCUUAAAUCCCCAGCAAAUCACUGGGCCAUUGGAUUUUUUCCAUUAUGUUCAUUACCCUUGUACCGUGUACCUCAGAUCUCUUUCUCUCUCAGUUACAGUUUCUCGUCUUGGACUUCUUUUAUUAUUAUUAUAAUUUUUUUUUGCUUUAAAAUGAGUGUGAUGCCAUAUCGAGUCAAUGUUAUUCUCUCACAGUGUACUCUAUAAGAGGUGUGGGUGUUUAUUUGGUCGGGAUGCUAGCAAGUGCUAAAGUAGCAUGAUCGGUAUAAGCAAAAUGUUUUUAGGAAGUAUGGAAAAAUGUUUUAUUGGUUAUGAUGGUGACAUGGUAUAGUCAGCUGCCUUUUAAGAGGUCCUGUCUGUUCAGUGUUAAGUGAUUUUUAAAAAUAAUGGCCUGUUAUUCUGACCAGCUUAAAGAUGGAUUUGCAAAUGGUUUUGGAUGCAAUUAGGUUAUGCUAUUUGGACAAUAAACUCACCUUGACCUAAA